AUGCUCAUUUCACAAGUACUAUUGGCGCUGGGUGGAGUGAGUUUAGGCUCGGCGCAUUUCAUAGUUCCCAACGACGACCAGGAUAUGUCCGGUCUCACGGUCAACUCGAUCCCAGCAGCGAAACGAGUCGAGUACAUGCAAAAGGCGAACGAGGCGCUCUUCCGGCAAAGCGGACCCUGCCCCUUUGCCGCAUUUGGAACCAUCAUCGUAAACCAUACCAGCGACGAAGUUGUCUGCGAGGGAGCAAACUUCCGAACUGGCGACCCUACUAUUCACGGAGAGAUCUCAGCCAUCAACGCAUGCACAGCCAAGUUUGCUGAACAAGGCAUGACGCCAACGCAGAUCUAUGCCGCAUGGGGAGAGCUAUCAAUAUACACGAACGCCGAGUCGUGUCCGAUGUGCGCUAGUGCAAUCCGGUGGGCGGGUUUCAAAGAAUACGUCUAUGGGACCACAAUCCAACACAACUAUAACGUCGGCUGGGGUGUCAUGACUCUCAGCAGUUACGACGUAUUCCAGCAAUCUCGCCAGCUGCCUGGCUAUCAAACGUCCAUGAUCGGACAGAUCCUCACAAACGAGACGGACCCUCUCUUCUCAUGGCAGUACAACGCAAGUGCGCCUUGCCCGAACGAUUGUUUUCGUGUCCCAAGCGCGACUCGAGGCGGAACGACCUGCUCCAAUGUCACGGUCUCGCGAAGGGACUAUGAGGCGCUGUAG